CAGUUCUCCAGUGCGUACAGUGCGACUUGAUGACCGUCCACUUGUUACUCCCCAAGAACGCACGAGACGUGGACAAAUGGUGAUCACGCAUUGAGACGCACAUGGUACUAGACAGUUGGAUCACUGGAAGGAUACGUGGAAAAGUUAUGGAAACCUAGCAAAAAAGAAGAGCCGUCAGAUCUGAUUUAUGUAAUCACAGAAAAGGUUAUGCGGAUUAUCAGCAGAUGGAUCGAUUAACAAGGAUUAUUCUAGGAAGAGAAGUGGACCGCCUAGGAUUCAACAUUAAAAGGAAAGAUAUUUGGGAACUUUUCCGGGCUCCGGCUCCAUAACUGGUCAUCUGCAGUGAUGAUUUUGGCAGUGGAACCAAAGAGGAAAUACGCAAGAUCUUUCCCGAAAAAUCAAGUGUCACAAAAAAUCCCUCCAAUAGUGCCUAUGUUCGAGGUUCGGUGACAUGAUGUCCUUGCCCCGCUCCCUUCCCCCUGUCCCUGUACUCUCCCUCUUAUACCUCAUCCUUUCUUUGCUCCUUUCUUCUUCCCUUUCUCACUCCCCUCUGCGCUGGACUUCUUCUCAGGACCCCUGUUAUCACUUGGACGGGCGUCCCAGGCACUGCCUGUCAGAAUUCAUCAAUGCUGCGUAUGGUGUUCCAGUUCAUGCCGGUGAUUCCUGGGGUGGGAUUGAGAAAAAUGCCAGCGCUCUCACAGACCUCCACAAUCCCCACAACCUGACCUGCUGGGUCGGGGAGGGGACUGGGGGAGACUGGACCUUAACGGUGCCCCUGGGCCGCCGUUUUGAGGUCACCUACAUCAGCCUGCAGUUCUGCCAGCAGGGGGAGCUGCCAGACUCUCUCUCUAUCUCCAUCCUCAAGUCCAUGGAUCACGGGCGCAGCUGGCGCCCCCUGCAGUUCUACUCUGCAGACUGCCCGGUAAAGUUUGGGCAUCCCUCCCGCACCUCAGCCCCGUCUCGCCACCAGGAAACCGAACCACUCUGCUCAGAUCCCCGGCCUCUGCAGAGGCACAGAGGGGGGCUGGUGCUCGCUUUCUCCACUCUGGAUGGCCGCCCCUCCUCCGCUGACUUUGACUACAGCCCCGUGCUUCAGGAUUGGGUGACUGCCACGGACAUCAAAGUGGUGUUUCACCGGCACCAAAGCAAACAGCUGCAGGAAGAGUUGGGCAGGGGCGAGGGCACCGCUUUGAGAUGGAGGGCUGGGUCUACGGGUGAAGGAAGUAUCCACACAGACAGGGCAGGAGACCAACGGACUUGGGGGAGACCGACGACAGGCUUGGUAGAACCAGGCUAUGGCAGGAAAGGAGUUGAGAUAAGGACAAGGGGGAAAUCAUUUAGGGAAAAGGACGCGCAUGUAAAAAAGACAGGAGAAAACAGGAGAGGGGAAGGGGUGCAUAGAAGGGAAAGCAUGCACAGAACCUGGAAGAGGAGUAACAAACAAAGGACAGGUCAAGCAGAAGAUGGGAACAAUGUCACCAGGAAGGAGGAGUCGUCCCAGGAGAGGGGUGUAGCCUCCUCUGGAAAGCGGAGGGGUGAAGGCAAGCACCGUGGCAGGAAGAGAGGAUACCAAAGGAGGACGUGUGUGGGCGGAGUCUGUGACUGGAGUGUUGGGGGAGGUGUGAGGAGCUCCAGAGACCGCGAAUUGAGGAAAAGGAGGAACAACAGCCUGAGUGUGGUGGCUCAGUCGAGACAGAGAAGUAGGAGCCUUCAGCAACCCCCGAGACCUCCGUCCUCCCUCUCCUCCUUCUCCUCUCUCUCCGCUCCGUUCUCCAGCCCUCCCCUCUCGCUCUCAGACCUGCAGGUGGGUGGGCGGUGUAAGUGUAACGGGCAUGCCUCCCGGUGCCGGCGCGAUGCCCAGGGGCGAGCUGUAUGCCAGUGUGAGCACCACACCGCCGGCCCUGACUGUGACGUGUGCCAGCCCUUCUACUGCGACCGACCCUGGCAGCGCGCCACACCCACCCAGCCGCACCCCUGCAUCCCCUGUGAGUGUAGUGGCCACUCUUCGAAGUGCAGGUUCAGUAUGGAGGUGUUUCAGCAAUCGGGGCGACGCAGUGGAGGGGUGUGUCUGAAGUGUAGGCACCACACCGCCGGGCGUCACUGUCAGUACUGUCAAAAUGGCUACACCCGGGAUCACAGCAAGCCGAUGACCCACCGCAAGGCCUGCCGACCCUGUCAGUGUCACCCCAUGGGGGCUGUGGGAAGGUGGUGUAACCAGACGUCAGGGCAGUGUCUGUGUCGGGACGGGGUGACGGGGGUGAGGUGCAACCGCUGUGCCCCUGGGUAUCAGCAGGGGCGGUCCCCAAUCAGGCCCUGCCUCCGAAUCCAGGAGGUAGUCCCUACAACCCCUGUUUACCAGCCACAGUACAGCAUAGCUGAGGAGUGCAGUUCCUACUGCCAGCCGUCCCAGGUUAAAGUGAAAAUGAACCUGGAAACGUACUGUUUGAAGGACUACGUGCUGAAGGUGCAGGUGAGGGGAAUGGAGCGUUCGGGGCCCUGGUGGCAGUUCUCGGUGUGGGUCCAGACCGUGUUCCGCGUCGGGGAGUCCCGGGUGCGGCGGGGGCAGCAGGCCCUGUGGGUGCCUGACCGGGACCUUGGCUGCGGCUGCCCCGCCCUGCAGGUGGGGCGCACCUUCCUGCUGAUUGGAGGAGAGGACGGGCAGAGCUGGGGCCCAGAGGACAGCAGGCUGGUGGCGGACCGCUCCUCGCUGGCUCUGCCGUGGAGGGAGCACUGGAGCCCCAAGCUGAGGGGGUUCCGGGGGCAGGACAGGAGGGGCCGGUGCCCCGCUGACCCCCAGAGAAACUCCACUCGCUCCCCCUCCCACUGGUACCCCCACCAGGAGUUCACCCCUCCACACCUAGAGCCCCCACCCCCACGUCCACAGCCACUGCCACCCACAGAGACUGGGCAGCCACUUCACACGCACACCCUGCAGAAACCGCAUCCCACAGAGGAGGCCGGAAGCCCUCUACACCGACACACGCAUCACACACACCCUCCAGUGCAGGAGGAGGAGAACCUGCAGCCCCCCAGUGACGGUCUGCCUUCCCCGGGCCCGCCUCUCAGACCUCCCACACAGCCGCCCCGCUACAGACCCGCACACGGAGGGAAGCAUUCCCCCGCCGCACCCACCCCCACACAGCCGCCCCAGCCCCCACACUGACAGCGCAGCGUAGGGGGUCUCAAUGUCACGGCAGUGUGGCUGAGUGACCUCACCCCCCAUUGUGACUCUAUGUGAGGCAGGGGUGACUGAUGACUCGUGUGGGCGUGCCCCCUGCCCCAGGGAGACAGGUGAAGCAGCGCUGCACGUCUUAAAAUGCUCCGGGGGUUAUUUCUGACUUGUCACCCCCAGCCAUCGGAACAAAGCGCAGUUGUAACAGACGUGUCCCGUGGCAGGUGAGCAGCGAGAAGAAAGGGUGACCUUUAGGACUGUGCAUCUAUUCCUGACCUCGCAGCACCAGAAUAAGGACAGUCAAGGACAUAGUACUCAUUCCCUGCCUUCACUAAUGCUGCUUAUACCCUGAACUAGAGGCCUGGGGCCACAGGAUGUUAGUGGGAUCCUGUUCAGGAGAAAUAGAAUGGCUUUGUUCACAGAUAUCAUAGCAAACGAAAUCUCACUGGAUAGUUUAUCAGCCUUAUUCUGUCUUAAUUACAGACACUUGGGACAACAUCAAAAGGGGGUUGGAUAUCCGGGUCUGGUUCAGAGAUUUUCAGCUUCAUAUUCCACAUACUAAAACCUUUUUAGGAAGGAGGGAGCCUUUGAAAAUGUGCUACUGAUCCCCCUGUGAUCGCAGUAUUGGGAUGGAAGGAUACACGCAGGAGUGAUCCUGCCACAGCUCUUCCGCCAUUUUAGAAUUUAUCAAAAUGUGAUGAGGUCAGCAAGCAAGAACUUCAUCUCUAUUACUAUAAAAUCUAUAUUUUGUUAUUUAAUUUCAUAUAAGUAUUUAUCAUUGUAUCAAAAAUAUGUAGUUGAGCG